CUUAUCGUGGCGAGUAGAGGUGGAGAUAAGCAGCAUUUGAACGGUCAAUUAUAAUCCUUUUUUUUUUUAUUUACUGUGCAUUGUUGUCUGCAGUCGGGUCGUGCCGAGUAUACCAGCUACCCACAAUAUUAUAGACCAGCAGACAGUAGAGCCGUAGCGCCGCAAUACGAGUUUUUAUCAAUGUAUAGUUUCCUCCUAUGAAGUUUUCGUAACAGCUGAAAUAUCGUAGACCGUUAGUCUCUCUGCUCUCAACUCGUUAGUGUGUUGUGGGUCACCGUCACCACCACCUCUGUAGAGUGUAAUGUACAUAUUAGCCGUCCGCACAACCAUCUCCAAUCUCCCUCGUCCGUAAUUAUUGUUGUUAUAGACGAAUUACGUAUGUGCCUGUUCAGUACAAAUAUCCUAAUUUAACUCUUUUUGUGUGAACCAUGGCUCCGGUUUUGAGCAAAUACGUGACUCAAAAAAAUGCAGUUAUCGGUGGUGCCGUUGCUGGAGUGCCGCUGUUAGUUUAUCUGGUAAAGAAAUAUGCUCUCCAGAGCAAGAAGACUGUUAAAAGGAGAGCUCCGGAAAAUGACAUACAAUACCUCAUAGUUGAUAAAUCGGCAGAAAAAAAAAAUGCAAAUAAAGCACACGUUAAUGCUCGCUUUAUUAAACAACUCUUUCUUAUUUUAAAAAUCAUUAUUCCUGGAUUUACAUCUCCAGAAUUCGGAUUACUCUUACUUGUUGCUGCAUCACUAACAGCUAGAUCUUAUAGUGACAUAUGGAUGAUACAGACUGGAACGGUUGUUGAAACCGCAAUUAUAAGUAUGAACAAAGAAUUAUUUAAGAAUCAACUAUUAUACUUUUUUGCUGGAAUGCCAAUUAUUUCUUUGGUCAAUAAUGUGUUAAAAUGGAGUAUUGGAGAAUUGAAGCUUAGACUUAGAACUAGAUUGUCACGUCACUUAUAUGAUGACUAUUUAAGAGGAUAUACUUACUACAAGAUAAAUAAUUUGGACAACCGAAUAUCAAAUCCUGAUCAAUUAUUAACAGCUGAUGUCGAUAAGUUCUGUGAUAUGUUCACUGAUUUAUAUUCCAAUAUCUGUAAACCAUUUUUAGAUAUUAUAAUAUAUGUUUACAAAUUAACAUCUACAUUAGGAUUUGAAACUCCUUCUGUCAUGCUGGGUUAUUUGAUGGUAUCUGGAUUUAUUCUAACUUAUCUCCGUAGACCAACUGGUAGAAUGACUGUAAUAGAACAAAAAUUAGAAGGUGAAUACCGAUAUAUUAACUCCAGGUUGAUCACUAAUUCUGAAGAAAUAGCCUUUUACAAUGGAAACAACAGAGAAAAACUUACUGUGUUAGCCUCGUUUAAUAAAUUAACAAAUCACUUAAGAAAAUUCCUUGAAUUCAGAGUGUACAUGGGCUUUGUUGAUAAUAUUAUUGGAAAAUAUAUUGCUACAGUUGUUGGAUUUUAUGCUGUUAGUAUACCUUUUAUGAAUAAUAAAUCAUAUUUAUCUAACGUUUCACAAAAUGAACGUUUUCGAAAUUACUAUACAAUGGGUCGUAUGUUGGUGAAAUUAGCUGAAGCUAUUGGUCGCUUAGUGUUAGCUGGCCGUGAUAUGACCCGUUUAGCUGGAUUCACUGCCAGAGUCACAGAAAUCAUGACUGUUCUAACUGAUCUUAAUAAAGGACAUUAUGUACGGACUAUGUUGACUGAUAAUAAUUCAUCACUGAAUGAAAAGAAACUUGUACCAAACUCUGGUCGUAUUAUAACUAAAGAUAAUAUCAUUAAGUUUGAUAAGGUGCCUCUUGUAACACCUAAUGGUGAUAUCCUAGUUGAGGAAUUAUCAUUUGAAGUUACAUCAGGCAUGAAUGUGCUAGUAUGUGGGCCAAAUGGUUGUGGUAAAUCAUCUUUAUUCAGAAUACUUGGUGAAUUGUGGCCUCUCUUUGGUGGAACCUUAACAAAACCUCCAAAGGGCAAACUCUUUUAUAUUCCACAGAAACCAUAUAUGACAUUAGGUACACUGAGGGAUCAAGUCACAUAUCCUCAUACAAAGGAGGAAAUGCAGCGUCGUAGAAAAACUGAUGCAGACAUUGCUAACCAUUUAGAACGUGUACAAUUAUCAUAUUUAUUGCAAAGAGAUCAAGGUUGGGAUACUGUUGCUGAUUGGAUGGAUGUAUUGUCUGGAGGAGAAAAACAACGUAUUGCCAUGGCUAGAUUGUUCUAUCAUCAACCACAAUUUGCAAUAUUAGAUGAAUGUACUAGUGCAGUUAGUGUUGAUGUUGAAGGUUCUAUGUAUCAAUAUUGUCGUGAUGCUGGUAUUUCACUUUUCACAGUCAGCCAUCGCAAAUCUUUAUGGAAACAUCACGAUUAUUAUUUACAAAUGGAUGGAAGAGGAUUAUUCCAAUUUAACAAGAUUGAUUCAGACACUGAGGAAUUUGGUUCAUAAAUCCGUGGGUGAUAUUAUUAUAGCUUUAAAAAUAAUUAUGUAUAUACAUAUUAUAAUAUGUAUAUGUAAUAAUUUGGUUCAAUCUUGCCUAAUUCUUAAACUUGUGCCUAUUUGUUUAUGGUGUUAAUAGAUCAAAUUUUUAUUUAUAAUGUAUUUAAUAAUUAAAAUAUUAUUGUCAAGGUUAGCUAUUAAGUUUUUGUAAUGCUGAUUUUUAUUUUUUACCAAUAGAUCGGUUUUAGAUUUAUUUAUUGUACUAUUGUACAAAAUAUAUAAUUUUUAUAUUUGUGUUAUAACUAAAUAUUUUAUUUUAUUAUACAUUUAUAUAGUA